CGAACUCGGAGGAAGAAGCCAAGCCGUGUAGUGCGUGAAAGCGAACAAUAAAACGUAAAAAAUAGCAAAAACUACAACUGCAAACAAAUCCCACGCGAGGGAAACGGAAGUAAUUGCGCCUUUUCCGUGCCGGACAUUAGCGAAGCAGUAGAAGCGCGGCGCUUUUUUACUGCGAAAAAGUCUCCGUAACGAAACACCACGCACGGUGCGCGACAACGGCAGAGCAAGCGAAAACAAAUAUGGCCGAUGUACAGGACGCGGAAAUGAAUGGAAGCAGUCAAGACGUGCCGGAAAACGGACAAAAUCAGAUGGACAGUGAGGACAACCUUGGCGGCAACAAUGGUGGUGGUGGUGGCGGCGGCGACAGUCAGAGCGGUCGUGACGACGAGCGGAAGCUGUUCGUUGGCGGGCUGAGCUGGGAAACGACCGAGAAAGAUCUGCGUGAACACUUUGGCCAGUACGGCGAGAUCGAAAGCAUCAAUGUGAAGACGGACCCGAACACGGGCCGUUCGCGCGGAUUUGCCUUCAUCGUGUACAAAGCGUCCGACUCGAUCGACAAGGUUGUGGCGGCCGGUGAGCAUGUGCUCAACAACAAGAAGGUGGACCCGAAACGGGCCAAGGCUCGUCCCGGCAAGAUUUUCGUUGGCGGUCUCACAUCAGACAUCAGUGAUGAUGAAAUCAAGACGUUUUUCGGCCAGUUCGGUACGAUCGUGGAGGUGGAACUUCCGUUCGACAAGCAAAAGAAUCAACGCAAGGGCUUCUGCUUCAUCACGUACGAGUCGGUGCAGGUGGUGAACGAGCUGCUUAAGACGCCGAAGCAAACCAUCGCCGGCAAGGAGGUGGACGUGAAGAAGGCCACCCCCAAACCGGACAACCAGAUGGGUGGCAUGGGCGGUGGUAUGGGAGGCAUGGGUGGCGGACGCGGCAAUAUGCGUGGUGGAAUGCCCGGAAGGGGUGGCAUGCGCGGCAGAGGAGGCCCCAAGGGUGGAUUCGGUGGUGGCUGGGGGGGCCCCGGUGGCUACGGCUACGACAGCUACAGUGGCGGAUACGGCGGACAGGGCUACGGUGGCGGUGGUUUCGACGGAGGCUUCGGAUACGGUGGCGGUGGUUUCGGAGGAGGCGGUGGCUACAUGAACGGUGGCCGUCAGGGUGGCCAGCGAGGCGGAAAGGGGGGCAGCGGGGGCUUCAAGCAACGUGGUGCCGGUGGUGGCGGUGGCGAUCGUCCACCAAGACAUGCCCCUUACUAAAAUCAAAAAUCCUCUUUCUUCCUAUCCGGUUUUUUACUUUUAGUUUUUUUUUGUCUCUAGUUAAAGCAACCGUGAAGUCUGUGUCCUUCCUUUCCCGCUCCCCACCAAACUCCUAUGAUCGAACUUCCCGCCCGCGAGUCUCGAAGUCCGUAGUAAACGAGAUUAUGUAUUUUAGAGUACGAAAGGAGAACAGGCAGCAGCAGACAGGCGCAGAUCAGGGAUUUUUAUUCCACCUUUACCAUAAUGAAUUACACACAUACCACACAUUUAUAUAAUGUUUGCAUUCUUGUAUCAUUUCAACAGACAAUAAAACAGUAAACUAAUGGUGGAAAGGA